CGGGAGCCCGGCGGCAGCGGUGGCGGGGGUGGCGGCGGCGUCCGCUGCGGCCACGGCUGCAGCAAUGGCGGCGGCGGCGGCGCAGCGACGGCAGCAGCAGCCGGUGGCGGCGGCGACAGUGGGCGGCGGCGGCAGCGGCGGGCCGGGCAUUGCGAUGCCGGCGGUGGGUCGCAAACCGUCCGGCGAGCUGCUGCCGCCCCCGCUGAGCCGGCCCUCGCUGUCGGGAAGCCAGGAGCCCCUGCAGGUCCAGCGCCGCUGCAACAGCAUCACAUGCGCCUCCUCGGCACCACCGCACAAGACAGCGGACGGCAGUCCGGGGCCGGCACCGGGGCCCGCCAACAAGAGCGGCGCGGCACCGCCCCUGCAGCCCCAGCCCACCCUCCCACCCCAGCCCUCACCCCCGCCCCCGCCGCAGCCCCCGGCCUCCAGCUCCUCGGGUGCCACCACACGGCUACCGGCGCUGUCGCUGGCCCGGAGCACCACGUCCGGCAGCGCUGCGGGGUUGUGAGGGGGACUGCGGGGGAGGACGGGGGAGGACGGGGAUGUGGACCACGCAAGUGGGACAUGGAACAGAGCGCUCUAGGGGACACCGCGAGGGAAGGGUGUCCGGAUGGCCAGCAUGCACAAAGAGUCCUGAGCCGGUGUGGAUUGCGGGUGAGAGAGGUGGCGAGUGGGGCGUCUGGGCAGCCCCUUGGCGGUCGUACAUAAGUGAAGAGUGCCGGGUGUUUGGAGGUUUGGUGUGGGCGGUGCGGAGGUGCGCUGGUGGGACCCGGGGGCGCGGCUGGCGCGGGGGGCCGGGGGGAAAAGAAGAAUCCCAAGGUGUUUAAUGAUGCUAGCAAACAAGCGGACGAGCUCCUGGUGACCUGAACCGAGUUAGCUGAACCUAAACGUCUACAGCGGGACAUGCAUCCAACCUACCGAACUUACCAAAUAUGGCUCUACUUUACCAUUAGUCGCCAGCCUUCUCGAAUGCUGAUUACGACGGCGUGAAGUCCCACCGCGCCGCCGAACAAAGACAAACAACAAACGAAAGCAAGGUACGCAACACGUAAGACAGAGACUGAUACAAAGGCGACGGAGG